AACAUUGCGCAAUAUUCUUUAUCUUUAUAAUGGAUUGAAUUGCUGAAGGAAACCAUAAACGAUGGAUGGACAUCGACAUAGGAAGGAUAGAUAUGAUUACGGAGAAGAAUAUUUACCUUAUCCAGCCAGAGAUUAUUAUGACAACCCAUUAUAUCCCCAAAAAGUUGGUUAUGCAGCCCUAGGCUUUGACCCAAAGUAUCUGCCUCCAGGAAACCCCUAUCGGAGUAGCGAUGGAGGGUCGAGGGAACGUCUUCACAGACAGAAAAAGACAGGAUCCUGGUCUGCCAAAAAGACGCGGGUUGUCUGGGCAACAGUUUCUAUAGUAUUCCUCUUGGCCAUAGCUACUGGAGCAGGCGUUGUGAUUUUUUUAACUAGUCAAUCUUCAAAUCAGAAGGAUAUACCAAAGACUGUUUUUGAGGGCAGCAUUAAAGUAGAACAAACCUGGACAGACAAAUAUGAUGAUCCAGCUUCCAUUGAGUACAAGAAAGCAGCGACAGAAUGUGAUAAAAUGCUUACAACUCUUUACAGAAGUAGCGCUCUAUCCGGGAAGUUUGACAGCGCACAAUGCACGGGAUUUCGCCGCGGGAGUGUGAUAUACGUCUUUAAUGCCGUAUUUACGUCCGGCAUUGAUGUGACACUGACCUCGGUCAAAGACGUACUACAAGAGGCUAUUACGACAGGAAAAAUAGAACAGAUUGCUCCUAAUAUUAAGAUAGACCCAACGACAACAGUCCAUCUUCAGGAAAGAGGGGUAGCAACAAUGUCAACGGAAGCUCCUACAACAACACAGAGAACUACAACUACAACUCAAGCUCCUACGACAAUAAGUAAAGCUACAACAACAACUCCAGCUCCCACAACAACAACUCAGGCUCCCACAACAACAACUCAAGCUCCAACAACUCAAGCUCCAACAACAACUCAAGCUCCUACAACAACAACUCAAGCUCCAACAACAACUCAAGCUCCCACAACAACAACUCAGGCUCCCACAACAACAACUCAAGCUCCAACAACAAUUCAGGCUCCCACAACAACAACUCAGGCUCCCACAACAACAACUCAAGCUCCCACAACAACAACUCAAGCUACAACAACAACAACUCAAGCUCCAACAACAAUACCGACAACAACUCAAAAGGCAACAACAACGACUGAAGAA